AUGGUCGUCAAGCCUCCAGCAGCAGCUAUUCGAGCUUCUUCGGGUUUCAGCUCGCCUGCUGCUGCUGGGGUCAACUGCAGCAGCGACAGAUGCAGAAGCAGGAAAGAAAAUGGAGACAGGCCAUCGUCUUCGAUGUGUCCAGCGUUUCCCUUCACACGGGUGACUGACAAUACCAUUCACUGGCUGCCGAGUCUGGCGAGAGCGAAAAUACGCCAGGGCACUUCAUUUUCCCGGCUCUCCGCUGCUGCUAGGGGUGACUCCAGCUCCGCAGAUGUACAGGCAGUAGAAGAGAAGGCCCUUGCUGCCAUCAAACGAGAACAGUGGUCUGUCCCUCGGGCGGCGAUAGUGCUCUUUUCUGCACAGUGGAAUCAGGCUUCGCGGGAGCUGCAGCAGUUGCUGUCCAUUCGCUUAUCUGCUACUGCACCUUUCAUCAGUUCCAAAAACGAAACAGGCAAGGCAGUUGCUGCCGAGUUCGCGGUCGUCAGCAGCGAAGAAGCGCCCCUCUUGCUGAAGGUGUUUGGCGUCUCUGCGUUGCCCCAUUGCCUGCUGAUGGUCAACGGCCGUGUUGUUUACGCUGUCUCCUCGAAGUCUCCUGCUGGAUCGACAGUUGGUGACACUGCAUGCGUGUGGGCAGUGGAGUCGGCAGUUCGAAGGCGAAGCCCGAGGGACCUCAAUGAAAUAGAGACGCUACUGCACAUCCUGAAAGAGGAUCUUAUGCCGCCCGCUGAUGCUAACGAACACACCAGACCGUCGCCCUCACCCCGGAGAGCCUUCGGUGUGAGAAACAUGAAGGAGGGGCCAGCGUUUCAUUUUUCCUUGAGGCCAGAAAACAGCGAUAGACAUCAGCCAGCCUCUCGUGCUGGGUACCUGCUGGACUCAGAUGAACGUGCAGCGCAGUUGGCCGCCCUCGCCACUGUUGCACUCUUCGACGUUCCUGAGGUUCACACCCUCGACUUGCAGGCAUUGCACGAGCUGCUUUCGUGGACUAUGCAGAGCAAGACGGGAGGGGAGCAGGAGAGGAGCGGAAAAGGUGGAGCAGCAAAUAAAUCGCAGAAAGAGGCGCCGUUUGUGCGUGCUGGUCUGCGGACGACUCUUGAGAAACUAAUUGAACGGGAAGAGCCGCAGUGGGCCCCUGAUGACUGCCCCAUAAUUCGCCGUUUGCCGCUGUACAACCAGUGCCUUCUAAACAAGAGCUUGUUUGCCAAAGCGAGGGGAGCUCAACCCCGUCUAUCGCCUCGACCCACAUCAGAAUCAUCAAUAACCACAACAACAAUAACCACAACAAAAGGAGCAGGGACAUCAGAAGAAACAACAGAAUCAAUAAGAACGCUUUUUUCUCAUGAAUGCUUUAAAGUGGAGUUGUGGAUGCUAGCUGAGUGGCUGGCGAGAACCCGUCGUUGUUUGGCAGCCCGUCUAUUCUUGGAGAAGGAUGAAGCUUUGGGUUUGGAACUGGCGAUGACCGCCCACGUGGAAUGGCUGAAAGGCGCAGCACAGCGUAACUAUAUGCAAGUUAAUGUUGCGGGAUAUCAGGGAAAGACAGCAUGUGGAGGCAGAGGGACAGCCGUUUCGCAGACAAAGUCACGGGAAGGGACACUGCAAGAGGAAAUAAAGAAGAAGCACGGUGUCCACCCUUUUAAUGUUUGGUUUGAGCCACGAGCCCCCAGUGCAGGUCGCACUCUACUCGCUUGCAUGUACACUGCAUUGGGACCAGAUGAUCGGAGAGUGCAGCAAACGAUUGGCCGUUUCGUUGCUGCGAUAAAGGCGCACGAAUUUUAUCCAGUAAAGUUCCCCCACACGAAAGCUCGUCGCGGGGGAAAGCCACGGAUGAUGCGCGGACGGUCGGGCCGCUGGUUCUGGUUGGGGCCCUAUUGGAAACCUCCUUGGGCGCCGAAGCGAAUAUCAUUCACCGAAGACUGGCAUCUAACGAAUGUUGCGGCAUAA